AUCGGGUAUUUGGCCAUGCCAAAUACCCGGUAUUUAGGAAUCGUGGGGACGGCAAACAUGUUGCCACCAGCACUCCAACGGCUGCAUGCGUGGCGAGUAGUCUUGGCGUCCCAGAGCCCUCGUCGCUUGGAGCUGCUGACGAACCUGGGCUUACACUUCGACGUAGUGCCGUCGACCUUUGAAGAGAACCUGGACAAGCGGCAGUUUCCGACUCCUGAGCAUUAUGUGAUCGAGAACGCCAAGCAAAAGGCGUUGGAAGUGCUGCAACGACUCACGGCCCAGGGAACGACCGUGGACCUCGUCAUUGGAUGCGAUACCGUGGUUUCGCAUGAAGGCAGGAUUCUUGAGAAACCCAAGGACGAGGAGGAUGCGUUCUCCAUGUUGACGUCGCUGUCGAACGCCAAGCACGACGUAUUCUCUGGCGUAGCCCUGUGCUUUUCCCCGUCGAACGUCGUGCAUGUGUUUUGCGAACGCACGACUGUCCAGUUCAUUCCGUUGGAUGCGACUACCAUUCGAGGUACCUUCCAUCCCAUGUUCAUGUUGAUGUAUGCUGAAUAGACUACAUUGCAACUGGAGAGCCCAUGGACAAAGCCGGGUCAUACGGCCUCCAAGGCCGCGCCAAAGCGUUCGUGUCGGCCGUGGACGGGUGUCCGAACAGCGUCAUCGGUUUCCCCGUCGACCGAUUCUGCCUCGAAGUAGCUCCAUUUCUCACCUAAAGAGGAUCAAUACAAUAGCAUGCACUACUUUUGAUCUUCGAAA